CCGAAGCGGCUCGAACGAAGGGGCUCCCGGCGCUCCCCCCCCCGCAGCCCCCCGGCCGGGGCGCCGGCCUCCGAAGCGUCUGGGCGGUUGUCAAGAGCCCAGGCGCAGGCGACCCACAUGGCGCAACUCGCAGGUCUUCCCACAGCAGGAGCAGGCAUGCUUGCUACCUUCAUGUUGGUGAUGCUCAUCAGCGGCUCUUUGAAUACGCUGUUGAUGAAGUUCAUGGUAAUGCAGCAGGUGCCAACCGGUCCCGACGGAAAAGUUGCCGGUUUUGACCACCCGUUUUUCCAGAGCUUACUGAUGAUGAUCGGUGAGUUUCUGUGUCUGAUCGCCCACUACGCCACGAACAAGGCCGAGCUUACCAAGGAGAAGAGCGCACCCAACUACGUGUUCAUGGUCGCAUGCCUAUUGGAUUGGACGGCAACCACGUUGGUAAAUAUGGCGUACGUUCUCAUUGCAGCUUCCAUCGUGCAGAUGACGAGAGGCGCGAUCGUGAUCUUCACAUGCAUCCUGAGCGUUGUGUUCUUGGGGCGGCGGCAGCAGCGCUUCCACAUUGCUGGAGUGGCGCUGGUCUUCCUGGGCAUCACGCUCGUAUCCUUGAGUGCCUUCAUCAACCCUGCCUUGACGACCUCCGAGUCUACAGGCUUCACGAGGAAGCUCACCGGCAUCGCCCUCUGCGUGGGCGCGCAGGCCUUCCAGGCGUUCAUGCUGGUCUACGAGGAGAAGGUCAUGAGCCAGUACACGGUCCCUCCCCUGUUCGUCGUUGGCAUGGAGGGCACGUUCGGAAUCUUGUUCGGCGUCUUGCUUCUCAGCAUCCUGAACGUGACGGAGGUGGAGAGCACGCCCGCCGCCGUGUACCAGAUGCAGCACUCGUGGCCGCUGGCGAUGGCCGUGGUCGGCUCCAUCUUCUCCAUCGCUUUCUUCAACUACUCGGGCGUCACGGUGACCCAGCGCGCCUCCGCAGUGUCGCGUUCCACCAUCGACGUCUCCCGCACGGUGCUCAUCUGGGCCGCGGAGCUCGCCCUCGGGUGGAACGCCUUCAACGGCCUCCAGGAUACGCCCUUCCCGCACAUGGUGUUCUCAUACGUUGGCUUUCGUACAGUGGUCAAGGGCUUCAAUUUCUCGAAAGAUUAUGGCCUGGUCACAGACGUGACGAUGCACACGCGCGAGAGCACAUUCAAGAUGGUGACCAUGCUCGAGACUUCUUGGGACUAUUUACCUGUCUCAUGCGCCUGCGCCAUGCUGGGGCAGUCGGCCAUUUGCAUCUUCGUGGUGUCGAUCGUUGCCUUCUCGCUGACGUACUUCCUGCGGCACUACGUCGGCCUCUUCUUGGCGAUGGUCCUCAUAGGCCUGCCUGGAGCGGUCGGGGUCGUGUGCGGCUUCUUCGGCUGCGCGAACGCCCGGGAGUUUACCUUCUGUUUCGACCGCACGGCGGGCGAGUUCAGGGCGACCGCGGGCAGCGCGCAGUUCGUGCGGCCGCUGAGCCAGAUCCGCCUCGUGCACAUCGAGCGCGAGCUCGGGGGCGGCGGCGCCCUCGGCAGCGACUCGGCCCCGUGCUUCGCCGUCGCCGUCAUGUUCUUCGACAACCGGCGCUGCCGGCUGGACGGCGGCGUCGCCGCCACGGGCUCGGGGCACGGGCCGGAGCAGCUGCGGGAGCACGCCGAGCGGAUACGGGCCUUCCUGGGCCUGCCCCAGGAGGGCGUGCCGAUGCUGAACAUCAGCAAGGCCUCCAAGCAGGAGGAGGACGAGGAGCAGACUCGCUUCCACCUCUCGCGGUGGCUGGCCUGCCAGGGGCUCGCCCCGCGCCUCGACCCCCCGCUGCGGACGCACGACUGGGCCGAGCAGCCGCGGGGCGUGUCGGCACCCCGGGCUGGGCCGCAGACGCUGUCGCAGAGGUAUGGCGCGGGCGUCCCGGGGGGCGGGCCCGUCGCCGAUGGUGCGCCGGUCAGCCAGCUGGUCAUCGGGCGGCCGCAGCCGGCACAGCGCGUGCGCUCUCUGGAGGUUGCCGUCCCCGAGGGUAUGGCGGGGCAGAACAUGUCCGUGAGGGCUCCCGACGGCACCGUGCUGCAGUGCACUGUGCCAGCCGACAUGCGGCCGGGCGAAAUCAUGACGCUGCAGUACUGA